CCUCAUUCUCCUGAUAAUCGUGCUUUGGCAAGGGAAUGCAAAGAUGUCAAAAUCGACCGAGUAUAUAUUGGAUCUUGUACUGGUGGAAAAACGGAGGACUUCAUGGCUGCUGCAAAAGUUUUUCUAGCUUCUGGAAAGAAGGUAAAGGUUCCAACUUUCCUUGUUCCCGCUACCCAAAAGGUGUGGAUGGACGUAUAUAGCCUCCCUGUUCCAGGAGCAGGCGGCAAAACAUGUUCUCAGAUUUUUGAGGAGGCCGGCUGUGAUACACCAGCAAGUCCUAGCUGUGGUGCUUGUCUCGGUGGCCCUAAAGACACCUAUGCGCGCAUGAAUGAAGCUCAGGUCUGUGUAUCAACCACGAACAGGAACUUCCCUGGUCGAAUGGGCCACAAGGAAGGCCAGAUUUAUCUUGCAUCUCCGUAUACAGCUGCAGCAUCAGCAUUGACCGGUUAUGUCACUGAUCCCCGAGAGUUUUUGCAGUGAAGUGCUCGAUGAAACCUCGUUUUAGGAGUUGGAAUUCUGUUGUACACUAACCUAUGAGUGAGCUUAAGCGUUUUUAAUGCUUAUAUUUAUUCCUGAAAAGGGCCGCGGGCGAUGUGUUCUUCGUUUUUCUCUUCACUUUCAUGAAAUGAAUGUUGUUCUGCAAUAAAAUGAGGCCUUCUUGACUCCUAAUUUCUGUAUUGUUUGUUGUAUUCUUGGAGUCUUUAUGGUUAUAAAGCAUUGAAAUAAGAAUUUGUUUCAGCAAA